CGGAAGAUCCGUUUUUCACUCUGGAAGAAUUUUCCUCCCCGUGUACACCACCACAGGGGCGCCCCCUAUACAUUCCCUACUGGAUUACACCACGACCGGCCCUAGAUGACACUUUUCGGUAUUUUCUGCAUCUCUUGGAAGACGCACUGCUGC